AUGGAUGUUCUGAAGAAGAGCAGCAGCCGACGCUUCUCCAAGCGCAGGAAGGACGACGAUACCGAUCGCGUCCUGAUCGGCACACGUAUCGGAGAGGGCCAUGUUAACUAUGUUCUUAUGUAUAACAUGUUGACCGGCAUCCGUGUCAGCGUCUCUCGAUGCCAGGCAAAGCCGCAGCGGCCCCUGGUGGACGAAGACUUUACUUCUGCUCACAAGUUGGCAUUCGAUAUCACGGGUAAUGAAUUGACGCCAUCGUCCAAAUACGAUUUCAAGUUCAAAGAUUACGCGCCCUGGGUCUUCCGCAACCUGAGAGAGGACUUUCACAUCGAUGCGUCCGACUACUUGGUGUCUCUCACUAGCAAGUACAUCUUGUCUGAGCUGGGAUCGCCAGGAAAGAGUGGAAGUUUCUUUUACUUUUCCCAGGACUACCGAUUCAUCAUCAAGACCAUUCACCACUCAGAGCACAAGUUCAUGCGAAAGAUCCUGAAGGACUACUUCAACCAUGUCAAACAAAACCCACAUACGCUUCUCUGCCGUUUCUUUGGUCUUCACCGUGUCAAGCUGCCCCAUGGACGCAAGAUUCACUUUGUGGUCAUGGGCAAUGUCUUCCCACCCAACAGGGAUAUCCAUGAGACGUAUGACUUGAAGGGAUCGACAUUAGGUCGCGCCAUCAGCGACGAGGAACUCAACAACAACCCGCGUGCCACACAAAAGGAUCUCAACUGGGUCAACCGGAAUCGUAAACUCGAACUGGGACCGGUGAAGCGACAUUUGUUUGUGGAACAGAUGAAGCGGGAUGUAGAGCUACUGGCACGACUCAACAUCAUGGAUUACAGUUUGUUGAUUGGUAUCCACGAUAUCGAACGCGGUAACAAGGACAACAUUCGAGACAAUACUCUCAAGGUGUUCCACCCCGACACGAAGAAACAACUGGCGAGAGAGCCGUCAAGGCGGGACAAACGCGAGAGUAAGGUCAAUGCGCUCAGGAUGGCUGUCAAGGAGUCGGAUCCAGUUGCAAUAGGACCGUCAGCACUACCGUCGGACUCGUUUUCAGAACGAAGGCACUGUAUAUUCUACGCAGAUGACGGAGGCCUAUUAUCAACAAACGAGCAAAAUGAACAGGGUCAGGAUCUAUAUUACCUGGGAGUCAUCGAUAUUCUAACGCCGUACAAUUACGUCAAGAAGAUCGAGCAUUACUGGAAGAGUCUUUCUCAAGACAAGCACCAAAUUUCGGCUGUAAAUCCGAAGGAGUAUGCCCAGAGGUUCCUGAGUUUUAUGAUCCACGCCAUCAAGGUCAACAAUGAUGUGAUGGAGGUUCUGGAGGAGAAGAGUCAUCCGCACUCUGAGUAA